UGACAGCUGCUUGCCGAGACCAUUGCUGCAAAACAAAAACAUUGGAGCAACGCGGCGGGUGUAACAAUUUUUAGCAUUCAAAAUUUAAAUCGCUUAUUGAAAUGCCAUUGAUUCCGGCUAGUGGAACUGGUCGUUUUUGGGCACGAUCAGCUAAAAUAAUUCGAUUCGCACGACAUGGAUGUACUAAUCGGCCGUUUUUCCACAUCGUUGUUAUGGAGCGACGAAAAAGUCAAUAUCAACCAGUGAUUGAGCAAAUCGGAACAUUCGACCCAAUUCCGAACGAAUACAAUGAAAAGUUGGUAUCAUUUAACUUUGAGCGCGUGCGCUUCUGGUUAGGCAGCGGAGCUCAUCUCACAACGCCGGUGGCAGAACUAUUAGGUAUUGCUGGUUUACUUCCCGUGCAUCCUCGUACUUACAUGACGGCGUGGAGGAAUCGCCAGGCGACUGCAAAACUGGCCGAAAUUGAAGCGGUUAAGAAGCAGGCAGAAAAUAGUGCAGAUUGAUUGUAUUAUUUAGAAAUCAGCAAAACCAGUUGACAUUUAGUACCUAAUGAUAGGCUCAAUAAAAUCGAGAAUCGACUGUUACACUA